CGGGUAUUUUCUGUCUUUUCUCUUUUUAGCAGCGGUCUGGUGCUGUUCUCUUCUCUCUGCGUUAGAAUCUGCGGGAACAGCUUGAAGCUGCCUCGAAAAAACCAGGAGGGGAGCUAUUUUAAAACCCUGAUCGGCUGCUCUCAGCUGUGUUCCUGCGGCUGAGGAGUGCAAGCAGAGGAGUCCAUCCUUCCUGCCAAGCUACGUAAGCCCACGUCUCCUCACCAGCAACUGCACUAGAUUUGCCAAGCCUGAAUUUGUCAUUGCCAUCUGAGCCCUGGAAGAACUCAGCAGAUCCUCAAGGUGCUCAGCAUUACCAUGUCUGGUGGUGGCAGGUGAAGUGAGGAACGAGACCUUCUAGCAAGUGUCUCUCUGGGGUGGAAGAAGUGCUCGUGGGCAGAAACUGAUUAGCAGCACAGAGGAGCCCAGUAGAGCUGCCUGCAGCCUUGGACAGCACACUCAUGGUCUCAAGGAGUGGGCUUCAGCAUGCAGCCAUCACCUCCUAUGCAUACAAACUCCAGUGUCUCAAAAGCCAGGUGAGGCAAAUCUCCAGGGAGAGGGACAAGGCCAGACUGGACUUAGAGAAAGCAGAGAGACACUGCCUGCAGCUCAGCAGGGAGCUGGACAAGCAAUACAUCGCCCUCAAGCAUAGCCAGAGCAAGCUCAAGGAUGUUCGGGCUGAAGUGGAGGCAAAAGAGCUGCUUUUGCAGCAAGCCAUCAACCAUCAAGUGAAGCUGGAGGCUGAUGCACAGUUCCUCCAGGGCAAAGAGGCCACCCUUCAUGGGAGACUGAACCUCAUGAUGAAGGAGAACACACAGCUGCAAAACAAAGUCAUGGAGAUGGGUGAGAAACUGACCGCCUCUGAGACGCUGGUGUUGGAGCUUCAGAAAGAGCUCAACCUCGUUGUGAAGGACAAGCUGGACCAGGAGGAGCCCCGCAACCCAGAGCUCCUGAACCAUGGCAAAUACUUUGCAGAGAUUGUGCUGGAAUACGAGCGGCAAUGCCAGAGAGUCAAGGUGCUGUGGGACCAGAAUGACGUGCUGCAAAGAGAGCUGGAAGAGCUGCGUCUUCAGCUGCAGGAGAAGAGGGCUGAGAGCGGGCUGCUGGCUGGAGAGACGUCAAUCACGACGCAGCAGCUCCAAGAACAGCUGCAGGACCUGAAGAUGCAGCUGGAAUCCAAGGUAAACUAUUAUGAGGAGGAAAUGGAGCUAAUGAGGAAAAACUUUGAAAGAGAGAAGGACAGCAAGGAGAACAUCAAGGCUGAGAUGAGCAAGGUAGAAGACCAAGAAGAAGACCUGAGAGAAACAGUUUCAAAGUACCAGGUUGUAACUGAUGUCAUGAAAGAGCGAAAAGGUGUGCAGAGCCUGGAGCUGGAGGAGAGGUUUGAGAUGGAGCCAGCCAGGGUUGAACUUCAGCACACUGAGGACAUAGGGCAUCCAAGGCAGCAGCUGAACCAGGAAAGAGAAGAGCUGAGAAUGCAGUGCAGGAACAGAGGAAGCCUCAGGGGAGAGCAGGGCUGGCUUCUGGAGGAGAACAGCUUGCUGAAAAGUCAACCUGGGAGACUCCAGGAAGAGCUGAGGGAGGCUAAGGAGGAGUGCAGCAGACAUGACGAGAAACACAUGAGCAAGUUGAGCAGAGAGAAGGUAGAAAAACUGGCUGUAGCAGUAAAGUUGAAGAAGUCGAGUGGAAAGAGCAAUGUGGAUGUCUCCCAGACAAACAUCAAGGUGAGUAAGCUGAGCCAUAAGCUCCUGGAGUAUGAAGUCGGCUGCAGCGCCAGCACUGGGUCCACCCAGCUGCAGAACCAGGGGCUCAUGGAAGUCAAGCAACUACAAGGAGUGGAGAUGGCCAUGAGGCUGGAGCACUGCCAGCAGCAUGCAGCGUGUCAGUCAGAGAUGGAGCUGCUCCGGCAACAGCUCGAGGCAUCGCAAGAGGAACUCUUUGAAGCCAAAGCAAGCUUGAGUCUGGCUCAGACUCAGCAUGCACUGCAGCUGCAGCAGGCCAAGGCACAGCUGAACAAUGUGGUGCCAAGGAAACAGUUUGAACAGCUGCAAGCCAGCUUGAAAGAGGAGCAGUGCAAGGUUCAGCAGCUCCAGGCAAACCUCCAGCAGCAGGCUGAGCAGGCAUGCAGACAGCUGGUCAGGACCCAGAAAGAACAUGAGCGCCUGUUGCAGGCAGCUGUGGAGCAGGCAGAGGGGUUGCAGUGUGACCUAAGGAGUGCUGAAGCUGCGCUUGCAGAUGGGGCAGCUCGCCUCAAGGAUGCACAGGCUCAACUGUGCAGGAACAAACGGCUGAUUAAAGAUCUCUGUGAAGAAAACAGAGGGUUUGCAAUGGCCCUGCAGGCAGCUGAACUGAAGCAGAUGAACGCUGAGAAGAAGAACCACAUGCUGGAGGAGCAGGCCUUGGCCUUGAAGAAGCUCAUUGAAAAAAUCACACCAGCAUCUCUGAAUGCAUGAUGGAGCACUGCUAUGGCAGCCUUGCUCCUGAGCCUGGCUGAGGUUUGUCAGUUCCUCUAGGAGACUCUGAACCUGAAGUUUCCCAAAACCUGAGCCUAGGAUCCAAACUAACCUGCUGGUGGGUUGUUGCCUCUGCCAUAAGCAGAUCAGAGCAUCUGAGGGAAGAGUCCUCUUCAGAUUUCAAUCUCCAAAGCUUGGGGCAGGGCUGGUAUCCCCUGUGCACCACCAUACUUCAGCAAGCUGUCCUUAUUGCACAUUCUCAGGGAGAGCAGGAAGCAUGAUGGGCAUCAGGCCAGGAAAGCCUGCGGUCUUACCUAGAGCUUAUGCUUUUGGAAGUACUAUCUCUCAGCCACUAUUGAAGGUGAGCAGCUCCACAUCUAGCCCCAGAAAGAAACUCUUGGAGCUGACCUGAUGGUUGAAGUUCACUGAGACACCUAAUGACCUCCUAAGCAUCACUCUGCACAGUCAAGCUGGGUUGAACAAAAGAGCCAGGUACCUGGCUGUUCUUCUUCAACAGGACAGUGGUGCCAUCAUCGAUCUCAAAUUCUCCAUAGUCUCUCAAACACCGCACCUGUGAAGCAGAAAGGUAGCUGUGUCUGCAGCAGCACACCUCCCACAGAAAAUGUCAGACAUCACUGCAAGAGACGCAAGAGUUAUGGAGCGUAUGUCUGAAGUGUGGACAUAUUCCUACCCACCUCACACAGCCCUGACUUGAAAAUACAAAACCAGGUGGACCCCAUAGUCUGAGGGCCCUACCUGAUGUUCUCUUCAUGCCUCUGCCUGCAACAUGAAGCACAGUGGGCAGAGCAGGCACCCCAGAGACUAGGGAAAGAGUAGCACUGCACAACAGCAGCAUUUCUAGAGCCUCCUCACACAUGUAGCAGAAAAUGUCAGUCUGUUAGCAGUGAAACAGUUAUAAAGAGCAGGCUGGUUGCCUGUAUGUUUUCUUUUUAAGAGAACACAGCACUUCAGCUACUGACUCCGAAAUCAUUUUCCACUUGCUUUUGCUUUGUUGUAUCAAUGGCAUAAAAUGAUUUAUAGUCUGAUCUGUGAAAAUCUAUUAAACAAUGACAAGAAAGCACCAA